UACACGGGCGCUGCCACUCUUUACUCGUCUGUGUUGUUUCGUUGUUUGAUGUUGAUCGAUAGUGGGAAAAAUGGCGCCUGCCACGGACAGCCUAAGCGAUGUACAAAAGCAAAUUUUUCAAAAAAUCAGUAACAAUGAAGUGUUGGAGCUCAAAACGUUAUUGGCGGUAAAUAAGAUAAAAAUGGACUUUGUGGAUGAGAAUGGCAUGAGCCCGCUUCAACAUGCCUGUUACAAGGGAAAUAAGGAGAUAGUGCAGAUGCUCCUAGACCAGGGUGCAGAUGUAAAUGCAUGCCAGCAUAAACAUGCAUAUACAGCAUUGCACUUUGCAGCUCUUAGCGGAAAUGCUGAACUCUGUCACCUUUUAAUGUCCCAUGGUGCACGUUUGACAGCAACAAAUAGUGUGGGAAGAACUCCAGCUCAAAUGGCAGCGUUUGUGGGCAAUCAUAAUUGUGUAGCGACAAUUAACAAUUUCAUUCCAAAGGCUGAUAUAGAUUACUAUUGCAAACCCCAAGGUUUGCAAACUGAAUCCAUGCUUCCACCACACCUAGCCGACUCGUUUCAUAAAUUCAUAAUGCAAGUCAAUGUGCAUCCUGUACGCGCAGCUAUAAAUCUGCAGAGAUUUCCUGGUCUCUUAGAAAGUGCUACUAAGGUACAAAAAGUUUUAGAAUCUAUGCGUAAUAAGGAGAUGACGAGAGGCGCGGAGACGAACGAAGUGAUGGCAUUCAAGUACCAUUAUUUGAGUUGCAUCGUAGCAGAAGUGGUCAAAUUUCAAAAGCAACAGAAAGCGAUUAAAGCAGAGAAAGAAAAGUUAGACACUAUAGAGGGUCUAAUAAAACGAUUCCUGAAAUGUAGUAAAAGCGACGGUGUACCGGAAUAUCAAGAGGCAUUAUUGAGGGAAACCGUAAGGGAGUUCCCGUACAGAGAAAGCACGAUUUUUCGACAAAUGGUCGCCACCCUGGCCGCUAGCGAUCCACCAUCCGCUGUGUCAGUAAUAUCUGCUGCGAUCAACGGUCAAAGAGCUUUCUCCGAUAACGCACAGGUAUGCGUUACUUGUGGCGAAGAUAAAGCUACCAAAAAGUGUAGCAAAUGUAAAGCAGUGCAAUAUUGCGACAGAGAAUGUCAGAGGCUUCAUUGGUUUAUGCACAAAAAGGCAUGUACCAGAUUAGAUCAAAAUAUCGCGCCAAGUGCGAAGAUCAGCGACGCGGAUAAAGAACAAAUAGGUAACGCGGUUAGUUCCAGGUUACAGAAUCUGAGCGUUAACUGAAAGCAAACGCAAAACUGAAUUUCGAAAGAAAAUGAACUUCAAUGUGCUGUAUGUAUGUAUCUAAUUUUUUAACAUGAAAUGUUGAAAAGAUACAUGGCCCCUUUUGACGAAUAGCUCUCACGUUUUUAUUUUUUUGAUUCACAGAACUUGAUGAAAUAGCUUCUUUUAUUACAGUGCAUUUUUAUUCAUAGUUCUUGUUCUACGAAAUUUUAUCAUGUGUUGUAACAUAAUUACUGUCAUCGUGUAUUAUAAUGUCGUAUGCAAAUACUCGGUUACAAGGUUGUUUCCUCGGAAUUGUAUUGUGGUUGUCAUCAUAAAAUAAAAUAUUAAUAUUAA